AUGGAUAUUUUAUCAAAUAUGACUGCUGUUACAAAAGAUCCCACUUAUUUGACAGAAUGGACUAGGAUUUUGGGAAUGGAUUUCUAUGAACAGGCAAUGUCACAUACUAAACCAAGGAUUUGUCGAAGUCAUUUUGAUGUGAAAUUUGGAGCGAUUCGACCGAGACAUGUUUUGCCGGUGGCAACGAAUAUUUUGAUGACACAAAAUGUUGAGGAGGAUAAUCAGAAAGUUAGUUGGGGAUUAGGAAUUUUGAAAUUGAACUUUGGGUUAGAAAUUUUCCAGUAUAUUCAGUUUUUCUUUGAAUUUCGAAAAAACUCGGUGAAAAUAUUCAAUUUAAAAAAUUUUUACACACCAUUUUCCAGCUCACUGAGAACCCUUCAACUUUCAAAAUGAAGUUUAACGAAUUUUUUUCAAUAUUUUUGAAUAGAAAUAAUUUGAUUCGAGCUGAAAUUAUUUUUUCUAACUUCUGAAAAAAUAGCUUUGUUGAGAAAAGUUUUUUUCUUGAAGUCUAGGCUUUGAAAAUUUUCAGUUUUUUUUUCAAGAAAUUUUCAAUAUCUUCCAAUUUUCUUUUCAAAAAAAAAUGAAAUUUACCUUCAAAUUUCGUCAGUUGUUGUAA